ACACGUCAAAGUGAGAAUCUUUCUGUGAUUGGGGAAUUUAACAAAAAAUAAGCAAAUUGUGGCGAAAAUGAGCUGAAGCAAUGUAAUUAGUUGCGUAAUAUCUUUGAAAAUAUAUUGUAAAAUUGCACAAAAUAAAAAUAAACAAAAAUGGACUUCUUUUCGGAAAUAAUCGGCGAAACAGUGAUCCUUGGUAUUGAUACCCUGAUUUUGGGCUUUUGUGUGAAACAGCUGAGUAAAUGUAAACAUAUCCUAAAUGCCUUACAGACAGCACCAGUUCUAGAUAUAGAUUCAACAUUGAACAAGGAAAUAAACAAAUACUCUAACAACACUAUUCCUUAUGUGGUGAUCAGAGGACUAGUUAAGCCCCUAGGCAACCCUAUCACCAGCAACUAUAACAACUCAGUUACUGGUGUCGUGCAAAGGCUUACAAUCAAAGAGCAUGUGAUAGCCAGAACAUCUGCAGGUUUCUGGUCAGACCAGACACGCACAAUACAUGAGGUGUGCAACUCCACACCUUUUGUCCUUAGCAAUGGGAAGUACAGCAUUGAGGUGGUGGAUGCACUGGCGGCUGAGUUACUUGAUAUGGAUGUCAUCUCCGACAAGUUUGAACCAAUGUCGCCUGGUGUCAUUGACCAUGUGUGGGGUUUCUUCUCUGGCGUACGACAGCGUGGCCUACAGACCAUGGAGGAGAUGCUUCGUGAUGGAUCUUACAUCACGGCCAUAGGAGAACUUAGCAGAAGUAACUCAGGGGAGAUGAAGAUCCAGCCACCAAAAGAUGGCCUCCCCUUGUAUCUGACUACAGCUACAAAGUCAAGCUUAUUGAAACGACUAGCUAGUUCGCGCGACUUUUUAAGGGUACUGCUAGUAAUCUUCGGUACGGUAGCGGCAGCGGCAUCGUGUCGUGUGGCGUACAAAUACAUGAAGCGUCGCCGGCGCCGCGCGCUCGAAGAUUCCAUGAAGAAACAGCUUGCUGCCGGACGACGCGAGCGGAGGGCGCACGCACGGGAAAAGAACCUUGCUGAUGUACAACUUUGUGUAGUCUGCACAGAAAACCCUAAAGAGAUCAUUUUACUUCCAUGUGGUCAUGUAUGUCUCUGUGAGGACUGCUCUGACAACAUCACAGACCACUGCCCCAUUUGUCGAGAAAGGAUAGAGUCCAGAGCACCCGCCUUCAUUACAUAGAGACAGUUUAUGAAU